AUUUCUUUUAGGUGGAAAACAGUCAUUUCCUUCCGUUACACUGUGGUGUAAAGUGCUUUUGACUGAGAAAAGUGCUGUGCAAGUGCAGGUCAUUUAUCAUAUAUUUGUUAUUUUAAAUAUCAUUUUGGGGGAUGGAACAUCUUGGUAUUCCUCAUCAGGAGCUAGAGAGGGAGUCUAAGCUUUACUUCUGGACGUCUGUGACCUGAUCCUGGAUAAACAGUGGAAGACUGAUUAUGGAGGAAGUUUGUAAUUUUUUAAUAUACAUUUUUGGAACUUUUUUGAGAAGUAAAAUCUCUAAAAAUGAAAUGAUGUGAAAGGUAGUUCACUGAGAUGUUUGAACCUUUAUGUGCUGUUAAUCUUUUCAUUUUGUGGCCAAGGAGAUUGAGAGUCACUGAUAGCGACACAUAGACUGAGGAGGAGCUAGAACCGAGGUAAGGGAUGAGUGACAGCCCAACUGCAGCCAUCAGCACAAGUGAGGACCAUUAUCCAGCUGAGGCCAAGAUAUCCACAGAGCUAUGAUGAAACUUUCUCCAGUUUUAGUUACACCGGGCUGCUGAAGUGAGUCCUUGAUACAAACGCUUUCACUGCUGAGACCUUGAUCAAUUCUUUCCAGUGAAGUCAAUGAGAGGAGACCACACAGUAAUGACAGUCAUCAGCUUGUUUUACUAAUUUUGAUAUCAGACCAUUUGUUCCAUUUUUGGAGCUCCAUUCACUCAGGGAUAGACUGCCAAAUGCUGGAUAGGCCUGUCAUGGCACCAGCAUGGGGCAGCGACACAUAAAACCCAACAUCCAUCCAUGACUUUCAGGCUCCAGACAUCACAGUAAACUCAGCAUAUCCUUUAAUAUUCCAUGUGACAAUAAACAGAUCCAGUAUUUAAUCUGGGGAUCGCAUAAAAAAUGGACACAAAUAGGCAGCUUGGUAGGUCAAUGAAAAGUGGAGACGACAAGGGUUUCGUGCUCAGGACGCUUCAAUUAUAAAUUGACCCGAGACAAGGAUGUAGCCAUGGAAACCAAAACUGUAAGUAACCUGAGAGUGCAGGUGAGAUGCCGUCCUCUUAGGGCUGAAUGCUCAGCACACAGGUUAAGACUCUCACUGUGGGGACGCUACUCAUCCUUUUUUCUCACCAUGUACCUGUUGUCUUUCUUGUCGUUUAUCCUGCUGGAAGUCCUGGCCGUUCGCUGUCAGCUGGAAAGUCCACGUAUAGUGGGAGGCUAUACUCCAGUUCCAUACUCCAUCAAGUACAUUGUGUCCUUGCAGACGUUGUACCACCAACACUUCUGUGGAGGCUUCUUGAUAAAUAAAUUCUGGGUAAUGACAGCAGCACAUUGUAACAUUGGGGUGGACAAAAUGAUCGUGGUGGCAGGAGACUUCUCCUUGACUGUGUAUGAGGGCACAGAGCAGCAAGUUUUCCCCCAAGUAUUGGUACCACACCCCAACUACAACAGCAUCACGUAUGACAGUGAUAUCAUGCUCAUCAAGCUAAGGGCCCCCAUUGAGCUGAACAGCUACGUGUCCGUCGUCCUGCUGCCCAGGCAGGAUGCUGCCAUUGCAGAGGGCACAAUGUGUCGAGUGUCAGGAUGGGGAUACACCACCCCCACCGGGACGCAGAUUCCAGCCUCACUUCAAACUCUGAAGCUUCCCAUCGUCUCCACAGAAACAUGUAACAGCAGCCAGUCGUUCAACGGCAGCGUCACAAAUAACAUGCUGUGUGCUGGUUACGAGCUUGGUGGAAAGGACGCCUGUCAAGGAGACUCAGGUGGCCCGCUUGUGUGUGCUGGCCGGGCCUAUGGAGUGGUGUCAUGGGGAAGAGGUUGUGCUCAAGCAAAUUUUCCUGGAGUCUACACCUCCGUGUCCAAAUUCCGCAGGUGGAUAGACAAUACCAUAUUCAGCUUCUACAGCAGAUGUAAAACCAAUUAGAGCUCAGUGUUAACUCAGUGGUGACUUUCCUGUUUCAUUGGUGCCUUCUUUGUUCUCAUGUCAUGUUCAUAGUACUGUGGGCAUAUUUGAGUUCAGGGAUAGUUACACAUUUUUGGAAUAUAGUUCUGUUAACUGUUUGUAUGUUUUGACGAAGGCUAGGGAAGAAGACCGAUGUCUGCGUCUCGAGCAAACACUUUUAAUACGUUGGCAAUUUGCCAGUUAGAAUAAGUAAAACUGCACUCUGAUACACACAUGGAAUAUUACGAUGACCAAAACAUUCAUAUCUGCCUUAGACAGGGCAGAUGCGCUCCCCACAGAAACAACAGCGUCAUAAUGAAAUGCAGGAUUGGGGCAAUGCAGUCGGGUGGCAAUAUGGUUAAAAGUAUACCAGAGUAACCAUAAAAGGCCCAGUAUUAUAGUAGUCAACCAAUAAAAAACAAAGCAGCAACUUUAUUAGGUACUCAGCUAAUUGAGCAUGCUCAAAAUAACACUGUCAGGGUUGAUUUAAACACUUUUAAAGUGUCAAUAUGGGUCCACACCAGUUGAUUUAACUUUUUUGGAGAGUUGGUGUUUAAACCCUGAUUUAAUGUUAAAAAUAAGCUCUUAUGGAGUUGACAAUUUAACGCCGGUGUUAAAGGUAAAAUAGUAACUCUAACACCCCAUUCUGCCUUCAGAACUGCCUCAGUUCCCUAACGUUUUAGACUCAACAUUCCUCAGAGGUUCUAGUCCAUACUGACAUGACAGCAUCAGCUCCAUCCAUGAUGAGAACCUCUCAUUCCACCACAUCCCAAAGGUUCUGGACUGGACUGAGAUCUGGUGACUAUGGAGGCCAUUGCGGUCCUGUGAACUCAUGGUCAUGUUCUAGAAACCAGUUCGAGAUGAUCUGAGCUUUGUGACAUGGUGACAUGACCCUGCAGGAUGUAGCCAUCAGAAGAUUAGCCCAUGUGGUCAUAAAGGGAUGGACAUGGUCGGCAACAAUUCUAAUGGUGCUUACACAUUAACGUCUGCAUGGUCGGGGUUUGGUGGGGCUGGAUGGCGUGAGUUCAGUCUCGAACGGGUGGUGUAGUGUUCACAUACAAAUCCGAGGGACUUCUCAAGAAUGUGGAAAUCCCUGAGCCUGUGGGCGGCGCUUAAUACCCGCGGGAAAGUCCGCUCCAUAAGGUAAACAAAAGGCGGACAUAAGCUGUGUUGCUUUUGGAGACUCUGAACCACAUUAUUGGGCUGCAUGGUGGUGCAGUUGUUAGCACUGUUGCCUCGCAGCACGAAGGUUGCAGGUUCUAAACUCGGCUGCGGCCUUUCUGCAUGGAGCUGCGUGUUCUCCCCAUGCAUGCGUGGGUUUCCUCCGGGUACUCCGGUUUCCCCCACAGAUCACAACAUGCCCUGUAGGUUGUAAAUUGUAAGUCGCUUUGGAUAAAAGCGUCUGCCAAAUAAAUAAACAUAAACAUUAUUGUAUUAUCCUAUAAUAAAAUAAUA